AUGCAUAGGUUCAAUAAAGAAAAAUUGUUAGUGGAUAAUCCGGGGGAUCAAACGGUAUUAUCUGCAUUAUGGCAUGGAGUCAGGCCAAACGGGCCUCUAAUGGCCGAAGUAUCAAAAAGUUCUACAGAAAUAACUCUUCCCGAGUUUAUCGCCAAAACAGAAGAGUAUAUUAAUCAGGAGGAAAUGAUUAAGGCUCUCACGAAAGGUCAAGAGGAAGAAGACCGGGAGAGGGAGGAUGCCAAAAAGGAGGAGGAUGCCAAAAAGGAGCCACCUAUAGCGUCCGCUCAGAAGGAAGAAAGGUUGCAGAAGAGAGUAGUAAAGAAGACUGUACCAUCAGUCCCAAAGACAGAACCCCGGCGACAUCAAGAUCGAAGGUUCACACCUUUGAAUACCAGGGUCAACGAAGUGUUUAUGGAAAUCAGAAGAGACCCAGCUUUCAGGUGGCCAAGUAAGUUGUGGGGUGAUCCGAGGAAGCGAGAUCGGACGAAGUUCUGCGAGUACCACAAUGAUCACGGACAUUUGACGGAAGACUGCAUAACCUUGCGGCAAGAAAUUGAAACUUUCAUUAGAAAUGGAAGGCUGGUAAGAUUUCUAGCAGGGGAAAGGAACCAAGGAGCGGUGCACCAACAGCCUCUCCUAUUAGAUGGAAACCGAGCUGAAAGGGCACGGGAGCCGAGACGUGAUCGGGAUGAUGGUCCUAGAGAAGAUCCGAGACCCCCUCGGGAUCAAGGAGUAGUAGGAGAAAUCCAUACUAUUGCCGGAGGAAUAGCUGGUGGAGGACCGUCUAAUUCGGCCAGAAAAGCCCAUGCUAGGAAGACACAGGCCGAGGAAGUCUUUACAGUGCAGAGACCGUCCAAAGUUGCAAAAAAGGAUUCAGUGAUCCUUUCUUUCUCUGAAGAGGACGCUAGGGGGUAA